GCAUCCAUACAUUUUCAAACACAGUUUAUCGCUUCCUUCUUUUUCUCUGUAUAUUUAAAUAACACACUUGAACCUCCGAAACCAUUAGCACCUACAAAACAAUAUAAUCUCAGAAAAGAGAGAGGAUGAGCUCAUCCUAUUUACGAGUAAUAUUACUCUUAGGUGCCCUUAAUGUCGUUGUUUCCUUAUCAAUAACCAAGUCAUUAAUAACCAAAUCUGCAACCCUCGGUCAGGUGUUCCGAAUCUGUAAGAAUUUGUGUCCGGGAUGUGACCACGACUCCUUGCAGUUCUUGUUCCGACACAACCUGGUCCGUGCCGCAAGAUUCGAACCUCCUUUGAUAUGGGACCGCAGACUCCAGAACUACGCCCAAGGGUGGGCUAAUCAAAGAAGGGGAGAUUGUGCUUUGAGACACUCUUUCUCGAACGGAGAGUUUAAUCUCGGCGAGAACAUCUACUGGGGAUACGGCGCCAACUGGUCUCCGGCCGAUGCGGUGGUUGCAUGGGCCAGCGAGAAGAGGUUUUAUCAUUACGGCUCCAACACGUGCGACCCUGGUCAGAUGUGUGGCCAUUACACACAGAUUGUGUGGAAGAACACGAGGAGGGUCGGGUGUGCACGUGUUGUGUGCAACAAUGGUGGAAUCUUCAUGACUUGCAACUAUGAUCCUCCCGGCAACUACAUCGGCCAGAAACCCUAUUAAUUGAUCAUCAUUUAUCUAUUAAUUAAAAAUUCUCCAAAUUAGUCAUUUUAUUUUUUAGAAAUUAUGAUGACUUUUUAAAGGAGAUUAGGUGGGUGUAUUUGUGUAUUUUACUAGAAAAUAGAUGUAUGGGUGGGGUUUAUGAUACUGAUUAUGUAUCUUGAUUACUUUAAUUGAUGGUUGUAAUUGCAUUAACGGUUAUUUAUAUAUCCGUAAGAAUGCCCAGUAUACAAGAAUAUAUAAAAUAUGAAAAAUGAUAUGAUUUUUGUAAGAAAUUCCAAGUACAAACGGAAAA